GUCCCCUCCCCCGCACCCUACUCCCUACUACUGUGCCAGGGCCAUGUAUGAUCCUCCCCAGAUUCACUAGCUACGACACCGCUCCGCCCCUCCGCCGCUCCCGCUGCGAUACAUAUCGCCGCCGUCUGACGUCUGCUGCUGCUGCUGCUGCUGGCUGCUGCUGCUUGCUGCUCUGCCCCGGAACCUGCCCGUCGAUCUGCCCGUGAAGCCUCGCGCCACCCCGUGCGUGCCGGACGUUCGAAUCUGCCGCCUGCCUGUGAGCGUCGCGAGACCCAAUGGCUGCCGCGAAGUCGAGGGCAAAGGCGAAGCAAGAGGCAUUGGCAAAAGCCUCAGCGGCCGCCUCGACGGCCCCCGUCCUGUCCCAGCAACCUCCCGCUCCAGCCCCAGCUCCAGUCCCACCUACCGCUCCAAUUCAAGGUCCCGCUCCACCACCACCGCCGCCUACGCCGGCAGCAGCAACAUCAGCAGCUGCUGCUCCAGAACCCCAGUCACCGGCGCCCACCCUCACGGCUGCCACCACCGCCGCCGCACCACCGCCCAGCAAGGUCGAGCUCCCCGCCAGCAGCGCGAGCAGCCCUCCCUCGCCCGGGACAGGCUUCGCGCCGCCCAAGACGCCGCCGCGGAAAGUCCUGCGCCUGAAAUGCCCCUCCUGCAACGACUACCCGGACGGCUUCCGCAGCGAGCACGAGCUGCGCCGGCACACGAACCGCGUGCACCGCAAGACGCGCAAGGUGUGGAUGACGGUCGACACGUCGCCCGACCAGUCCUUCCUGGCCAAUUGCAAGGCCUGCCAGUCGGGCAAGAAGUACAACGAGUGCUACAACGCCGCCAGCCACCUGCGCCGCAUGCACUUCCACCCGCACAAGCGCGGCGAGCGCAAGAUGUCGGCGGCCGAGGCGCGGCGCGGCGGCAAGCCCGGCGAUCUGGACCCGCCGAUGGAGGUGCUGAAGACGAGCUGGCUGAAGGAGGUGGAUGAGGUCGUGGGCGGGGAGGAUGAGGAGAUGGCGGACGCGGAGCCGCCGACGCCUGUUGCGGUGGAGAGGCCCGAGCCGGCGGCGGCGGCGAAGAAGGUCGAGGCCAGGGCACCGCCGACGCCGACGACGCCGUCGACGCGCAGCAUGGCUAUUGAGAGCAUUGUUGAUAAGGUCGAUGCGUCAUAACCCGAUUUUACGGCGUUGGCGGGAUUCCUGCUUCGAGAGCGCUGAGGGCCGGCUUGGAACGACUUGGGCCAAUGACGACAACUGGCCGGGGAAUUGGGGUUUGUUGAGCCUGUGCCGUGGAAGAUGGGUCUUCUUGGAGUAUUGACGUGCCAUGAAGGGGGGACUGGCAGCUGUUUGCUGGCUAGGUUUGCUGAUCUUGAGAAUGGGCAUAGUGGUCUGAGACGAAAGGAGUUCAUAAAGGAUGGUUGUGCAACAAAAGCCGCACCAUGGCAUGGCCUGUUGAGUAUACUGGAAAAGUAAUUGAUGGAUACGUUUUGACUGGAGCACCUUGGGUUGCGUGAUGGGCGAUGCUCGCUAUUUCUAUCCUUUACCUCUAACAUACCUUUGUUGAGGUGAAGUUGGCAGAAGGUUUAGAAAGGGUAUCGAUGAUCGCCAAAGCAAUAUGCUGAUCUUAUCCUUCUUGAGAAUGUUCGAUGUGAUGACCUG